GGGCCCGCCGCGCGCAGCGGGAAGAUGGCGGCGCUCAGGGCGGCGUGGAACGGGCGGGACGAGCCUUGGAACCGGCUGGACGUGCCCUGGCCCGCGAACAGCGCCACUGUGCCGCUGGCGGCCCAGCACCCCGCAGUGAGGUUACUGUCGGCGCUGCGGCGGCGGUGCGACAUCGCCGGGAAGGGGCUGUCGGGGCCGGGCCUGGCCGCCGAGGGACGCGUCCUGCGAGCCGUGCUCUACGUGUACCACAGCAGGCUGCUCCGGCACCGGCCCUACCUGGCCCUGCAGCAGGUAGAGCAAUGUUUGAAGCGCCUAUGGAAAAUGAAUCUGGUAGGCUGCCUGGAAACUCUGGUAGAACUGAUUCCCAAGAAAAAUGCAUCCAAAGCCCACGCAGAGUGCUUGGUUCCCAGCCAGCCUAUGCUGGAAACUGUGGCUUUGAAGGUAUUGGGAGGCUGCAAGCUCAUACUACGUCUACUGCAUUGUUGCUGUAAAGCUUUUCUCUUGUCCGUUAAACACCUCUGCUCAAAGGAAUUCAUACUCCUGAAUACUGUGGCUUCGGGGCUCCUGAGCCGGCUCUGGAUUCAGUACAGGUGUGUAUUGCAGACCCUCAUGUCCUUGUACAGUGCCCUGUCAACAAUGCUUCAUCUGGUAUCUGAGACCCAACAGACCCCUUAUAUCAAGGGGUUUACCUUCCCUUCUGAUAUUGGUGACUUCCUUGGAGUUAAUGUAUCUUCUGAAGCAAAGAAGCAAAAGGCUAAAAUGCUUAGUACAAAAAAAACUACCAGCUGGAUGAAGAAGUUCUUCCCAGCAAUGCCUGAGGCAGUAUCAAAGGUUGGGAAAAAGAGAAAAUCUGAGACCUGUACAAGUGCUGUGAAAAACCAUAGCAUCCUGUGCCCCGUGGACAUUGGAGAGACAGUUGUGGUGCCCACAGCCAGGAGAGAGAAGCACCCAGGGUUUGAUGUGAAGAGCUUGCUUAGGCCAUCCAGACAUCCCACGCAAGAGGGUCUAAGCAUUGCAUCAACACCUUUUCAAGCUAAGUUGUCACCACUUUUGUCUCAGAUAGUAAAAUCACAGCAGACUGGAUCUCUUGUACAGAUGGUCCAAAUAGCUGCAUCAUUUGGGGAGCUGUCAGAGGCACUCAGAAAAGCUAUUCUGUGGUGCAAAACCAACAAAUUCAAAUCAGAAGCUUAUUUUCUGCGUAACAAGUUGUUGAAAAGCAACCGGCUACACCAUGUGGAGGCUCAAGGAUGCAGCUUGAAGAAAAAGCUGCGCUGUGUCAAAACAUCUAUCUGUAAAUACCUCCUGUAUGGAUCACAACACACACACUGGCCAAGGCAGCACCUCCGGGCACAGUUCUGCCAAAGGAGGAUCAGAUCAUCGGCACUCUUGAAGACAGCUCCAAAGACUGGUGGGCAAAAGCCUCCUGAGCUUUUUGGGGUCUGUGAGAACAGUGCAUCACCCAUCCUCCCAGCUUACCAAGAUGGGUCUCCGAGUCAGGAAGAACAUUCCAGCAUUGAUACAGGACGUGCCAGACUAAGCACAACAGGGACCCCUAAGCAGCUGCUGCUGGAAGGAAGCCCUGGCCUUGUGUGGAAAGAAGCUGCUGAGAAUACAGAUAUUGAUUCUAUUUUUGCAGCAAUAGGUGUCUGAUCCUGGACUUGAAAGAGGAAAGGGGUCAAGUCAUUGUCUUUUUUUUUUUUUUUUUUUUUUAAGUAAACCCCUCUGAACCCUAAUGGUGUCUCAGUAACUCACAUCAUGAAUUCUGUUAAGAAAGUAACAACUAUUUUAUUAUGUUUUUGUAAACCAGCUUUUUUUUAAUGGCUGAUUUUUAUAUUUUUAAAGGUGUUCCAAAUAACUGAAUAGUCACCAUCCUUUUACCUACCCUUGUCCAGGAACAGUGACUUUGUUACCCUUACCCAGUGUCCCCUCUCUAUUGCCUGACCACAUGUUAAAUGCUGCUGUCAAAUCCACAGUGCUAACAGUUUCCAUCCAUGGUAGAAAGGCUGCAGCUGAUCGCUCACUUCUGCUUUGGACAAAAGACUGGCCAAAACCUUUCCAAGCUUUACUCCCUUCCUUCUGUGCUGCUUGUAGAGGGGACAGCCUUGAUGUGCAGUAUUAUUGCGGUUUCAGCAUUUGUUAUGCUUGUUCUGAAAUGAGAGAGUUAACUGAACCUUCCCAUAACUGUUCCAGAAGUAGGGAAAAGCACAGCUGUGGCCUGUAUUACCUGCUUUGUAUGAACUGAUUAAUGUACAUUUAGUUAUGAAACGUGAGCACAAACUUAUGUUUUAUUCAGAAAGCAUAUACAGAGUAAAGAGCACAACUUUGAUAGUA